AUGCCCGGCCUCACACAGCCUACACUAUUCAACCACCUCACUAUCACAGAACUACAUCCUAGCUUCGGCGCCGAGAUUAGUGGUGUAGACUUCUCACGCCCAGUGGAAGACGAUAUUUUCCAAGAGAUUCUAAAUGCCAUCAGCAAGUACGGCGUAUGUGUAUUUCGAAAAACGGGUCUCGACGACGCUCAUCACGUCCAGUUUGCAUCUCAGUUUGGCGAGCUGGACGAUGUUACACCUUACAUAGCCGGUGGACGGGCACACCGACUUUCCGAUGAGCGUUUAUUCGAUGUUAGUAACAUUGAUCUAGAUGGAAUGGUAUUUCCAUUAGACAAUGUGCGACGAGAAUGGAAUAAGGGAAAUGGACUAUUCCACGUGGACUCAAGCUUCAACCCUCGGCGAGCUGGUUACUCACUCCUCCGAGCACAUGAACUCCCACCAUCAAAUAUGGGCGGCGAAACCGAUUUCGCCGAUGUGCGCACUGCAUUUGCCGAGCUUCCUGCUAGUAUCCAGCGCGAAUUACGAGAGAAAGACUACAUCGCCGCACACUCACUCUGGCAUUCUCGUAAAGUCGCAGCGCCGGCUACAUUCGCAGACAUGAACCCAGAAGAUUACCCAAUGAGUCGACAUAGACUCUUACAAUGCCAUGAAUCUUCCGGUCGGGAAACCAUGUAUCUGGCAGCGCAUAUCCAUCACAUCGAAGGACUAGACGAGAUAGAGUCUAAGACACUAUUCGAGCAGUUAUUCACGCAUGCGACGCAACCGCGAUAUGUACUUCGGGUUGAGUGGAAAGAUGCAGGCGAUUUAGUUCUUUGGGAUAAUACGAGUGUUAUGCAUCGAGCUGUUGGGGGAAGUUUUGAGGGGAAGUAUCGACGUGAUAUGCGACGGGCUACAGUUCAUGACGGGAGUAGUAUGGCGUGGGGGUUGAAUGAACACAGUGAGAUUCGACAAGGGUUACCUUGA